GGGGCCGGCGGUGGCUGUGAGCGACCGGGCGAGAGAGCGAGCGGGGACCGCGGGUGAGCGGCCCGGGAGGGAGCGGCGCCUCUGGGCUGCGCGGGUCCCCGGGCGGGGAGGUGCCUCCCGCUGGCCGUGCCGCAGCCGCCGGCGGGGCUUGGGUGUCGCCGCGGGGAGGUACAGCUAAAAGCUGAAGGUGUAAUGCACCCACGAGCGAGUAGUGUUAGUUGUGCACACCAAUGGCCUCUGUGCCAAUGAUUCCAGACUCUUACAACCAUGUGUUGGCAGAGUUUGAAUGUUUGGAUCCAUUGCUUUCUGCGCUCAGGCUGGAUUCUAGUCGUCUGAAGUGCACGUGUAUAGCUGUGUCGAAGAGAUGGCUCGCUCUAGGCAGUUCAGGAGGAGGGCUGAAUCUUAUACAGAAGGAUGGUUGGAAGCAAAGACUCUUUCUUGCUCAUAAGGAAGGUGCCAUUUCCCGGGUUGCCUGUUGUUUACAUGAUGAAGACCAUGUUGCAGUUGCCACCAGCCAAGGUCUUGUAGUAGUCUGGGAGCUGAAUCAGGAACGUCGUGGGAAGCCAGAACGGAUUUAUGUUUCCUCUGAGCAUAAAGGCAGAAAAGUCACAGCUCUGUGUUGGGAUACAGCUGCUCUUCGUGUUUUUGUAGGAGAUCAUGUGGGAAAAGUAUCGGCUAUCAAGAUUAACACAUCGAAACAAGGGAAGGCUGCUGCUACUUUUGUGAUGUUUCCUGUUCAGAUUAUAACCACUGUAGACUCUCGAGUUGUUCAGCUUGAUUAUUUGGAUGGAAGACUACUCAUUUCCUCACUGACACGUACUUACUUGUGUGAUACUGAGAGAGAGAAGUUCUGGAAAAUUGGUAACAAAGAGAGAGAUGGAGAAUUUGGAGCGUGUUUCUUCCCUGUUGGAAAAAGCAGUGGGAACCAGCAGCCAUUAAUAUAUUGUGCUCGACCUGGCUCAAGGAUGUGGGAGGUGGACUUUGACGGGGAAGUGCAGAGCACGCAUCAGUUCAAGCAGCUGCUUUCAUCACCACCUCUCCCUGUUGUUACUCUCAGACAGGAUCCUCAUUAUACAAGUUCCAGCUGCCCUCCACAAUCUUUGUCUUUCCCCAAGCUACUGUAUUUGACUGAGCAUUGUGUGAUGACCUGGACAGAAAGAGGCAUUUAUAUUUUUCUUCCCCAAAGUGUUCAAGUCUUACUCUGGAGUGAAGUAAAAGAUAUUCAAGAUAUUGCUGUUUACAAAAAUGAGUUGUUCUGUCUGCAUACAAAUGGAAAAGUAGUGCACCUGUCCCUUCUCCUGGUAGACCGCUGCAUAGAACGUCUGAUGAGAAGAGGGUUCUGGACCCUUGCUGCCAGGGUCUCUUGUCUCUUCCAAAAUUCAGUUAUUUCUUGCAGAGCAAGAAAAAAUUUGCCCCUUGACAAGCUGGAACACUUGAAGUCUCAGCUGGAUGCCUCAACCCAACAAGAUCUCAUCACGCAACUGGAAGAACUAAUUUCAAAGUUGGAACCUUUAGAUUCUGCAUGCAGCAGUAGAAGGAGCAGUAUUUCAUCUCAUGAAAGCUUCAGUGUGCUAGACUCUGGAAUAUAUCGUGUUAUCAGUCGAAGAGGCAGUCAGUCAGAUGAAGAUUCGUGUUCUCUCCACAGUCAAACAUUCUCAGAAGAUGAGAGACUUAAAGAAUUUCCUGCACACCCUGAAGAUGAGCAAGUAGAGCUUGACAACGUAUCUCAUGCAUCUGUGACGGUUGAGGCUGACCGGAAUGAGACAUUUCUCCCAUUCAGUAUUCCUUUGUCAUUUCGUUCCCCAUCUCCUCUCGUCUCUCUCCAAGCUGUCAAAGAAAGUGUUUCCAGCUUUGUACGCAAAACUACUGAAAAGAUUGGUACACUUCAUCUAAGUCCUGAUACUAGAGGGAGGCAAGAAGCAAAGGAUGACGAGCAGCUACAGGAGUUGACUGUUAAUGUGGUAGCAUCUCCCCAGGAAGAGAAAGAGUUAGAACCACAGAGCUGCCAAUUUCCAGAGGAGGACCAUCUAAGAGAUCUCAAGGCUGCAACAGCAGAAGCUAUAGCCAAACUCCAGGACCCCCUGGUUUUGUUAGAACCAGAGUGUAUGAGAAGGGUUUUACGGGAAUGGCUUGUCUAUCUGGAAGAGAAGUUUGGCAGCAAAGACCAUUCUGCUUCCUCUACUAAGCAAAGCAAGACUGUGGGUGCUGACGAACAGAGGGCAGUCCCGGAGGAGAACCUACAUCUGGAUCCAACUGAUGGAGACCCAGCAGACAAAGAACAGAGUAGCAUCUUGGAAGACUGCACUGGGAAGGAGAAUACUGAUGAAACCUGUGGAAGCAAAACCAUGUGUGAAAAUAGUGUGCAUUUGAAGGGACCUUUGGACUGCAGCUUUCAAGUGUCCCCUCUAUGUGUCAUAGAGCCAGAUGUUCAGAAAGAUCUCGUCGAGUUGACAACACUGUGUUUUGAGCUGUGUGUAUUUUCUGCUGGAAAUGGUGAGGCUGCAGGAAGCUCUGAUGGAACUCUGCCACUAGCAGCUUUGUGGACCUUGGCUUGUAGAUUUAUGCGAAGCUACUUCUUUCUUUUGGAUUUAAAAAGACUAAAGCAGUGUAUUAUAACCAUGUAUGCAACCAGCCCUAACAUAUGGGAAACAUACAUCACAGGAUUGAAAGAACUAACUUGUCACAGUCCAGUGGCUUUAGCAAUGGAAAAUGAAGACAUGUUGAAAAUACUGAAACGGCUACAUGACCUGGGGCCUUGGGAUGACAGCCCGUUCUUACUGGUACAUGCUCAGAGGCUUUAUGAAAAAUUUGGAGAAACAGCUCUUCGGCCCUUGAUCAAGUUCCACCCCUCUAUUUUGCCUUCUGAUAUCAAACAGCUUUGCAGGAAUGAUCCAGCCCACUUUUUGGCAUAUUUAGAUAGUCUGUUGAAAUCAAAGCCAGAGGAUAAAAGGUCAUCUCUCCUUAGAUCUCUCCUGCAGCCUGAAUCUGUACGACUGGAUUGGUUAUGCUUGGCAGUUUCUCGUGAUGCACCACAAAGAGCAAAUACUAUGGAUGCGGAAGGAAAUCCCAGGCCACGAUCACAUUUGUUUACUUGGGGUUACAGCCAGCUCAUUCUGCUUUUGAUUAAGCUCCCAGCUGAUUUUGUUACAAAGGAGAAGAUGGCUGACAUCUGUAAAUCACAUGGGUUUUGGCCUGGAUAUCUUUUUCUCUGUCUGGAGCUGGAUAGAAGAAUGGAAGCCUUUACUAAUAUUGCUCAUUUGGAUGAUUUGAGCCUGUUGAAUGGAGAAGAUGGUUCCAUUCCGGAGACCAUAGAAGAAUGGAAGUUUCUUCUGCAUCUUGCACAAAAUCAUAGCACAGCUUUCCACCAGCAUGGCCCCCAGAAUGGGAAUGCUGUCAGCAAUGGCAGCCCAUCCUGCCCAGACUGUGUCACUGUGGAAAACGUAGCUCUCUUACUGGCAAAGGCCAUCGGCCCAAAUCGUGCCUUGCCUCUCUUGCAGGAGUGUGGCUUGACACUAGAAUUGUCUGAGAGAUUUACUGGUGUCUGUGAGAUACUGAGAAUUGCUGAGAAAAGGCAAAGAGCACUUAUUCAGUCCAUGUUGGAAAGAUGUGACCGGUUCUUGUGGUCUCAGCAAGCAUAGAAGACAACUCGGAAAGCUUUGGAAACAUUUUUUACUGGAAUGAUUGUAUAUUUAAGUGCCUCUUACACUUCACUAGCUCUUACAGAAAUCAACUCCUCUCUAAAAAUUCAGUUAUAUUGAACCAGUGUCCAUCUGACAGGUAUCUGACCAGGAACUGUUGACAGUUCUUCCUUAUUCCUUUGGAGAUGAGUUUUGAACUCUAGAACUUAAGAAAAACCACAGUAUUUAUCCUCAAAUUAAGCUCACAGAUUUCUGAGAUGAGAAUUCCUGAAUUUAUUUUCUGCGUCUAUAUGACUUAAGUGUUAAGGAUAUGAGCCCCAUAGUAUUAAAUUAUGGUGUCUAAGAUUGUCUGUUUUGCAAACAUGAGAAACCAUUCCUCAGAAAUAUCUAAUCAUGUACUUGUUUAAUUUUCCUUUAAAUGACAUUGACUUUUUCAGGUUACUGUAGAAGUGCUUGUUAUGAUUUUUUUUUUUUCUUAAAUUAUAUGGACUGGUCUUGCCCAUUUGAAAUGUGUUAAUUGAGCCAAGUCUUAAAAUGGGAGGGAAAUACUUUUCAGGAGUGGAUUAAUGAAUAAGAAUGCUGAUUAACGGAAGAACUUGGUAAAUAAGCAUGAUAUGUCUAAGUUGCCCAUACGACUACAAAUGUCAGUUGUGAUAUUUAAAUGACUCUCAGGACAGUGGAAUUAGAAUAAUAGAAUUACAGAAUCAUUUAGGUUGGAAAUCCUUAAGAUCUUUGAGUCCAACUGUUAAUCUGACCGUGCCAAGUCCACCACUAAACUAUGUCCCUAAGCACUAUGUCUACACCUUUUAAACACCUCCAGGGAUAGUUACUCAACCACUUCCGUAGGCAGCCUGUUCCAAUGCCUGACAACCCUUUCUGUGAAGAAGUUUUUCCUAAUGUCCAAUCUAAACCUCCCCUACUGCAUCAUGAGGCCAUUUCCUCUCAUCCUAUCACUUGUUACUCAGGAGAAGAGACUGACACUCGCCUCACUACACCCUCCUUUCAGGUAGUUGCAUGCAGCAAUAAGGUCUUCUCUCAGCCUCCUUUUCUCCAGGCUAAACAGCCCCAGUUCCCUCAGCUGCUCCUUAUCAGACUUCUGCUCCAGAUUCCUCACCAGCUUCGUUGCCCUUCUCUGAACUCACUCCAGCAACUCAAUGUCUGUCUUAUGAUGAGGGGCCCACAACUGAACACAGUAUUUGAGCUGUGGCCUCACCAGUGCGGAGAACAGUGAACAUCACUUCCCUAGUCCUGCUGGUCCCACUAUUGCUGAUACAAGCUGGAAUGCUGUUGUCCUCUUCGGCCACCUGGGCACUCUCCUGGCUCAUGUUCAGCCACCCAACACCCCCAGAUCCCUUUCUGCCAGGCAGCUUUCCAGCCAUUCUUUCCCAAGCCUGUAGUACUGCCUGGGGUUGUUGUGACACAAGUGCAGGACCCAGGACUUGGCCUUGUUAAACCUCAGACAGCUGGCCUCAGCCCACUGAUCCAGUCAGUCCAGAUCCCCCUGUAUGGCCAUCCUACCCUCUAGCGGGUCAACACUCCCAACCAAUGUGCUGUCAUCUGCAAACUCACUGUGGGUGCACUCUAUCCCUUCGUCCAGAUGAUUAUUAAACAGAACUGGCCCCAGUACUGAGCCUUGGGGAAUAUGACUUGCAACCAGCCACCAACUGGAUUUUGCUCCAUUCACUGCAAUUCUUCAUGCCUGACCACCCAGCCAGUUCUUUACCUGGUGAAGAGUAUGCCCACCCAAGCCAUCAGUUGCCAGCUUCUCCAGGAGAAUCCUGGCAGAAACAGUGUCUGUCAACGGCGUUACUGAAGUCCGUGUAAACUUUCCUAAUUUCACAAUGUAUUUUGACAUUUUGGAAAGUGGGAAGACUGCAUGUCUUAUUUUAACAAUCUUUUUAAAAGCUGGAGCUUUAGGUAAGUAUUUUUAAAUGGAUGCCAGCAAGAAAUAAGACUUUUAAAAUAUCUGCUAAAAUAUGAAGAUUCAUAAAAUUGCUUGGAUUUUAUUUCUCAAUCAUGGAACUAUGCUUUGUACCAGCACUCUCUUCUGCACUUAAUACAUCUUUGAAUAAGUUUCUAUUUAGGUUUCUACUUUUUGGCCCUUUUCACAUUUUUAGGAGAAGACUAUGGCAUCUGGUCAGUAUUUCUCACAAAUGUCAUUUAAACAAAAAAUUCAUGCAUUGGAGCUAAAUUUUAUUCCUGCCAAAAUCCAUAAUUUUGUCAUGAAAUGAUUUAAAACACUUUCUUUAUAAAGAUCUAGAAAGCAUGUUUUAUGUAGUCUUGCAGCACUUAUACUGCUGAAAAAAAAAUGUUUUAUUUUCAUCAAAAUAAGAGAUAUUAAUACAAGUUUCAGAGGUUUGAGAGGUGCAGUCCAACUGUUUAAUCUUAAACAUGGUAAAGACUUAAUUGUGGAGGGUUGGUUACUGCAACACAGGAAACAAAGUUACAGGGAUAAAAUUAGUGGCAGGCUUUAAUCUGUUACUGGUGUUUCUUAUGGAAAAGCCAAGAACUACUUCUGAAAAAGGAAAACUCUAUAUAUUUUGAGUUUUAGAAUUUGACACUGGAAACAGCACAGAUCCUUCUGAUAGAAACACCCCAUGCUCCUACAGUAAGACUUGGAAUAGGAUCCAGGCACCUGCAGUGUGUGGGGAGCUUGCACGAAUGGGAAGAUGUUGGUGCCAGCUCUCUUACCUGCCAGAUGAACAUGCUGCUGCCUCCGUGGCUGUUGCACUUGACCAGCUCUGUUUAUACAGCGUGUGAGUGUAGCGCAGCUUUAGCCAAGUGCCAGUGUUGGCCCCUCAGAGGAAGCCGGCUGCCUUUCUGGGAAUGCCCCGGGUUUGUCUCUGUAACUGUUCCGCUUUAUUUGCUCUGUGUAUUUUGUGUACACAGCAGUCUCUUUCUUCUGUGGAGAUUUUGUACACUUGGUUAACUUUGGGUGAGGGUUGGGGCUUUUUUUAAAAUAAAUCAUAACUUUCCAUUCA